UGCGAACUCUUGGUAUUUUUUUAUUCAGUGUACGGGUUGCUUUUAGCUAAAGCUUUAGCUAAAUUCGUUAGUUAGCAUUGACUUGUUAGCUCUCGGCUAACUAAUAAGAAGUCGUCGUAUUUACUCGAAAUAAGAUUCUGUGAGACUGAGGCGGUUCCGGUGCCGUUAAAUCUUGCUAAAUCCUGACCCGCAGUAGAGCCGUCAUGAUGCCCUGUCAGUACCUGCUCCUGCUGCUGAGUGUGGGGGUCUCAGCGGUGGAGGUCCAGCGCCCUCGCGGUGUCCCUUUGUCAAAACGGCAGUUUUAUGAAGAGGGCAAACCUUUUACUUGCCUGGAUGGCUCCCGCACUAUUCCCUUUGACAGGGUGAAUGAUGACUACUGUGACUGCCAGGACGGCUCUGAUGAGCCAGGCACUGCUGCUUGUCCCAACGGCAGCUUCCACUGCACCAAUGCUGGUUUCCGACCAGGCUUCAUCCCAUCCUCCCGCAUCAAUGACGGAAUUUGUGACUGCUGUGACACAACAGAUGAGUACAACAGCGGUGCUGCCUGUCAGAACACCUGCAGGGAGUUGGGACGCAAAGAAAGGGAGAGCCUUCAGAAGAUGGCAGAGAUUGCUAAGGAGGGCUUUCUGCUUAAACAGCAACUUAUCCAGGAGGCCAAGAGGGGGCUAGAGGACAAGAAGUCCAAACAUGCAGAUGUUCAAGCCAGCAAGAAAGAAUUGGAGGAGAAGGUGGAGGCUCUGAGAACUGAAAAGGAGACUGCAGAGCAGCCAGAGAAAGAAGCCAAAGAGCGCCAUCUGAAGGCCUGGGAGGAACAAAAGGCUGUUCUUCAGUUGGAGAAGGACAAGGCUAGAAUGGCUGAGGUGUUUCUUGAACUAGAUGACGAUGCAGAUGGCUUUGUCUCAGUGGCUGAGCUUCAGUCCCACCCUGAGCUUGACCCAGAUUCAGAUGGUUCAUUCACCGAAACAGAGGCUCAGGGGCUGUUGGGAGGAGUGGACAAAGUGGACACUGUGACAUUUGAGUCAAACUGGAAUAACAUCAAAGACAAAUACAUCUCAGAGGCCAACGCAGACACUCCAGUGGAUACUCCGCAGGAGGAGAUGAGGGAGCCAGUCCCCGACAAUGACUCUGAGCAGUACCCCGAAGAUGACAUCCCAGACGAAGAAGAGGAUGAUGAUGAAGAGGAUGAGGACGAUGACCCAGAUGAUGGAGACUAUAAGAGCCCUCCUACGAUACAGACCCAAGAAAAGAAGGAUGACGACGAUGAGGGGACUAUGCCACCCUACGACGAAGAAACACAGAGCCUCAUUGAUGCUGCUCAGAAAGCCAGGGAUGCAUUCGACGAGGCUGAGAGAGCUCUCAGGGAAGUUGAUGAUCAGAUCAAGAACCUUGAGAAGGAAAUUUCCUUUGACUUUGGCCCCAGUGCUGAGUUUGCCUACCUCUACAACCAGUGUUAUGAGUUGACUACUAGCGAGUACAUCUACAAACUCUGUCCGUUCAACAGAGUAUCCCAGAAACCCAAGUAUGGUGGCUCAGAAACUAACCUGGGAACAUGGGGACAGUGGUCAGGUUCUGAGGAUAACAUCUACUCUAUGAUGAAAUAUGAACAUGGAACAGGAUGCUGGCAAGGCCCUAACAGAUCCACUACGAUUAAAUUAACGUGUGGAAAGGAGACAGUUGUGACAUCUACCUCAGAGCCCAGUCGCUGCGAGUACCUGAUGGAGUUUACCAGCCCCGCUGUCUGCCAGGAACCACCGAGCCUUGAUUCAGCACUUCAUGGGCAUGAAGAGCUCUAGAUCCACUUGAUUUGUUGUUCGUGAAGGGACCACAGUCACUGCAGCAACAUGAAGUUGCCAUGCUGUGAGCGGCACCACCUCGGGGUCGUUUAGCAAUUUAGAAUUAACGAUGGAAAUUCCAAUGAGUAGUUAUCGUCUACACAUCCAACUUCCACUGCUUCCUAUUGUGUUGGUUUUCUGAUUUGUAUCAAAUGUAGUCAUUCCAUUGAUUUCAAAUAAAGGUUGUUUUAUCAUAUUCCA